CGACCACAACCAUCUCCCCGAACGAGUAGUCCAGACAGGUUAAAAGUGACUUUCAACUCAGUCUGACUUGGUUUGGCUCAGUGAGUGCAUCGCCUCUAAUACGCAAAUCCGACCGAUAUGGCCAGUAUCGACACUACGAUAUUACCGUUCGAGGAAAAACGCCUGCACACGCCGCCGUUGGAUGAGGUUCGAAAUGUUGUUGCAAACGGGCUGAAAUCCAAUUUCGCAACGGUCCAUGUCGAGGUGGUGGACUGCCCAAAUCUCAUGGAGGAUCCGUUUCAUCUGGCUGGUCAAGGUCUAAACGGCAGUCCAACGCUCGUUGAAUUGGGCGGUCCACCGUACCUACUUCCACAUGUGGAUUAUACCAAAUUGUACGAUCUGGUGUCCGUUUCUCAGCGAGCCCUGAACGACACCAAAAAGGAGUUUCUGGCGAUCGGUGCCGGUGCAGGUCCGUAUCCGCUCGUAGAUUCCAACUGCGAAGGAAUGUUCAAUCUGAGAGUGCACGCCAACGGUCACGUUACAAGUGAGAGUCAUCUGGCUCGAGUCAAUCCGGAUCGAAAGAAAGCUGUGCUACAGAAAAUCCCGAGUAGUGAAACGAGGUGUGCCCUGCUGGGAAAUAUCUUCCUCUCGGAAGGUAAACCGGGAAAAGUGCUGAAGGUUAGCUGCAAGAAACGUACCGGAAAUAAGGACUUCAUCGCAAGCAUUAGAACUGCACUGGAACAACACUACGGUGAACGCACGGUUGGAAUGGGAGGAGUAUUCCUGUUGAAGAAAGGCAAAGCGAAACAGCACGUAAUGUCUCCGUUCUCGGAAACUGCCAUCAACACGGAAGACGAGUUGAACAAAUGGCUUAACUUUUUCGACAUGUCCGCCACGUUGAUUGCGGUCGGUACGCUGGUAACGAACGAGUGCGAUCUUGAUCUACGGUUGCAACAUUUCCAUAGCUUUUCGCGACACGGCGAGGGAGGUCAUUACCAUAUCGAUACCACACCGGACAUAGUUGAGUACGAGGGUUACUUCAACAUAGGAGAAAAAAUUGUUAGGGUAGAUAAACCGACCAACACGCACAAAUUCGGACGAGAUUGAUAUUCAGGGUUGGAUCAGUAAAAUCAUACAAUUUUUUUUUUGUUGAAA